UACCAUUAACGGGAAAGAGAGAAGAAAAUUGCAACUACAAACUAUUAAAUAAGAGAGGCGAUAGAGUGGGUUUUGAAACAAGUGAAGUUGUUUCAUACCUGCCACUCACUGUAAGUUCAGACUCAAAUGAAAUAAGAUGCAUUGAUAGUUGCAGUGAUAUAAAAUAAAAGUUAAUUUCAUUUUUCAAAUAUAAUAUUUAAAUCUCUCCCCCCUAUUUUUCAAUAAAACAAUACAAACAUUUUUUUCGUCAUUAUUUUCUUUCUUGUAUUCGGCUUGUCCCGAAUACAAGAACGAUUAUUCUUUCGUGUGUUUCAAUUUAAGAGGAAGAAGAAAAAGGAUUACUUGCAACGAUAAAGAUCGUGUAAACAAAAAUGUAUUGUAUCACAAUAUUUCUAACAUUAUUGGCAUGUCUUGUCACUGCUCGAGAAUCUGAUUACUGCCUUGCUGAUGAUGACAAUCCCUAUUUAUAUUUCGCUACAAAAUCUGCCUAUAAUUUUAUGCACGGAGAAUUCAAACCUGAACGAAAUUGCAGGCCAGUUCAACUUUUUGUUGUCUCAAGGCAUGGAACACGUUAUCCAGGAUCAAAAUCAAUUCCAAAAAUGAAAAUACUGUACAAACUUCGUGAUCAAAUUGUUUCUAAUCAUCUAGAACGAAGACUGGGACACCUCUGUGAUUAUGAUUUGGAAAAUUUUCAAAAUUGGAAAUUAGAUGACAAUGUCAGGGAAGAUAUGGCAGAUUUUCUAACACCCCAAGGAGAAACAGAUUUAAAGGGAUUGGCUGUUAGAUUGAGAGCUGCUUUUCCAGAACUUUUGACACCAACUGAUUACAAUAGUAUGCAUAAUUACGUGUUCAGGUCGACUAAAACUCAACGAACAGAAGAAAGUAUGAGGGCAUUUAUAGAGGGAUUAUUUGGUGGUAGAAAUUCAGUAAUACCAGAAAUAGCACCUAAUAAUGAUACUUUAUUACGGGCAAACAAAGAAUGUCCUUCAUGGGAAGAAGAAACGGAAAGUUUUAAAUAUCUCGAGGAACGUAAUAAAUUUAACAAUGGACCAGAGAUGCAAAAUUUAUUUUACAACGUCAGUCGUCGACUUGGUUUUCGAGAGAAUAUCACUCUGGAUUCAGUGAAUUCAAUGUACGAUAUGUGCAGAUUUGAGAAAGCCUGGCGGAUAGAUAAAGUUUCACCAUGGUGUGCAGCAUUCAGCAAAUGGGAACUCAGAAUUCUUGAAUUCAGAGAGGAUUUAGAUUACUACUAUUAUGUUGGACCUGGUCGGGAAACAAACGUUAAACUCGGAUGUCCACUCAUGAAGGACAUGUUUCAUCACUUCCGAAAACUGGAAGGCGAUGAUUAUUAUCAAGAGCCAAAGGGCAUUUUUUACUUUGCGCACACAGUGACCCUUCAAACUUUACUCGCGGCUUUGGGAUUUAAUGACGAUCCUCAGCCUCUAUUGGCCACUAAUUUUAAAUCAUCGGCAGGACGUCACUGGAGAACGUCAUUUAUUGGUCCGUUCGCCACUAAUUUAGUAGCUGUCUUUUACAAAUGUAAUGACUCAAUGUCAUCGAAUGUGGUGAACAAAGUGAUAUUCCACUGGGCAGAGAGACUAGUGAGAUAUGAAGGUUGUAACGUGGGACUGUGCAAUUGGGAAUACAUAAAAGAUAGACUUGAGAGAAAAGCUAACGAAUGUAACAUGAAUUUUUGCUUUAAUGCAAGUGGACUUUCGAGAUUAUCCAAUUUCAGUAUUAUUCACUUGGUACUUUCACUUUUCCUUCUUCUAGUCGGUCACAAACAAAUACUUUUCUAAAAAAAAAUUUUAUAUUUUUCUAAGGAAAAGUAUUUUUGUUCAUAUUUUUCUCUAUAAGGAAAGUACUGUUUAUUUUUUAAUUACAUAUUAAAUAAUCAAAUUGUUUUCUAUUUUUAAAUCUCAGGAAAGAUCUGAUUAACAUAUUUUUUGUUAAGCUUGUAAAUAUCUUUUUUGCUAUACGUAGAAAGCCAAAUGUUUAUGAUCUAAUUUUUUACGUUGAUAAUUCUUAAAAAAUUGAUUACAAAAUUUUUUUUAUGUAAUUGUUUAUUUAAGAACAGAAUUCUUUUUUAUUUAAUUUAAUUCUUAAAAAUUUCUUUUAUGUAAUUACAUGUAUGAGUAUAGAAAUCGAAAUUAUCAAAUUUUUUAAAAUUUUUUCUAUUUUUUGAAUUUAUUUGUAAAUUUAUUUAUUUAUAAAUUGAUCACUUAAUUGCAUAAUUAAAUGUUGCAAAAAAUUGCAAAAGACGUAAAAAUCUAUUUGUACAUAAUAAUUGAUUAUAAUGUUGAAUGCGUAUUAUAACGUUGCCAAAAAAUUGCAAAAAAUGUGAAAAUUUAUUUAAUUAUAAAUUAAUUACAAUGCGAACUGUGUAUUACAAUGUUGCGAAAAAUUGCAAUAAAAAGAGCAGCAUUGAAACGUUAGAUUGGAGCAGAAAUUAAAUUCAAUUAUAAAUUUAAAGUUAGUAAUUUUUAGUAAUUAAUAAAAUUAAUAAAAAAAAUUAAUUGUAAUUAUUAUUAAUUAUUAAUUACUAUAAAUAUAAUAAGUGUUUUUAAAAUAGAAAAUAUUUGAAAGAAAAUCGCUUUCUGCUCCGAUCUACCUCAAUUUAAAAUUAAUUUUCGUUUGAAGAACUGAUAUUAUUAUAAUUAAUAUUGACUAAUGUUCGAUUAUUGUUGUAAACUGACAUAAUAAAAUGAAGAAAAAUUUUAUUAUCGAUAAAA